AUGAGUUCCGUGGCGGCAUCGACCAUCUGGCCGGCUCUUAGCAUCUCGGCCGAGGCUAAACAACUCGUUGAUCACUUUUUCACUCUUGUUGAUUCAAAAUUCAGCGAUUCAGGGGAGCGCAUUGCCAACGAGAUCUUCACUAAAGAUGGGAUUUUCAUCUUGGCAGACGGCACUUUCAAGGGUACUGCUGACUUCAUUCUCAUCGGCAGGUUGCGUGUGCAGACUGCCCUAGGCCAAGAGUCGGUUCGGCAGUUCGUCGCCAGAAUCGAAACUGAGCAGACACCCUCUGGACUUAGACUGCGACAGUACCGCAUUAUAGACCCUGCGGCAAAAGACUCGCCACCAUAUUUUAUCACUACGCAGUCAAUGGAGACUAGGUAG